AUGUCGCACUUGUCCUCUCGGUUCAUUGAAAUAUUGAUAUUAUUUCAAAUAUUAGCUUUAGCGACUACAGCAGAAAAUCCCCGAAAUGCAAAGUUUCUGAAUCAAACAAAUCUUCCAUCCAGUUCAGUUGGACCAGCAGUGGUUUUAAGUGAAGCUAGAAGUAAUACAUUUUCUCGACUAAUCGAAAAUUGUGGCGGCACUUAUAAGUCCCAUCAAACACUUGUUACAAGUCCAAACUAUCCAAAUAAUUACCCACGGAAUAUUCGUUGUGAAUUUGUGUUCAAAUCGCCGUAUGUGUGCAGCAGCCAGUUUCAUAUUCAAUUUUUGGAUUUUGAAUUAGAGUCAUCGGAAAGGUGUUCAAAAGAUAGACUCUGUAUAGAAAAUUCGGAAUUGCUAUGUGGUCAAGUGAUUGGAGUUAAAGUUUAUAAUACUUCAAAUGGAAUACUGCGGAUGAUUUUUGAGUCCGACAAUGAUGGUGAAUUUAAAGGAUUCCGUCUACUUGUUACGAGAUUGCCGUGUCAGGAAGAAGUACAAGGAUUAAGAGUGUCUCAUAAAUUGGAAAUGCCAUAUUACAAUGAUGUGGGAUCUUUGAAGAGGAAGGAACAAAAUUCCGAAGCAGUUACGAGAAAAAAGGAGAAUCAAGAUACGAGUACUAAUAAUAGACAGUAUUUGCCACCAAGCAAUGGAUAUUUACCAGUACCUAAGCCGGAGUAUGGACCUACUUACAGCCAGCCCCAAUACCCACCACAAUAUCCCACACAAUAUCCUUCAGAAUAUCCCUCACAAUAUCCCUCGCAAUAUCCUUCUCAAUACCCUUCGCAAUAUCCAUCACAAAAUCCAUCUUUAAAUCCAACUUUUAAUCCAUAUUUUCCAUUAUACAUCUGUUUUCCUCAAGCGAAUGAUUUCUUCCCUCAAAAUAUUCCCACGCCAAGUAACCCGCCGAGAAUUCCAUUCGGUACGCCUCCACCUCCAAUUCAAUCAACCCCUUCCCAAUAUCCAAGUCCUCCUAUAAUCACUUUUAAUAACAUUCCUAAGCAAGUGCCACCACUAAACAAUGCAGGAAGAUUUCCAUUUAAUCACGAUGUCACUACAUUCACUUCCAAUGAUUACCCUCAUCCGCCGAAAUUGCCAAAAGUUGAACCACAAGUAUCACCAUUUCUCCCCGCGACUAUCCCGUCGUGCUGCUUACGCAGUUUCUCGGAGAAAAGAUUUUACCUCGCUAGCCCAAAUUUUCCGGGUUCGGAUUCCAACCCCACAGACUGUCUAUUCUACAUCGAAAAGUCAGACCCGGCAACAUGCAGGCUGAGGAUGCAGUUGAAAUUCUUUGCAAUGGGAGCGACAACUCCGGAAGGGUGUUUUGACGAUUUUGUGGAAAUCGAUGGCCAAAGGAUAUGCGGAUGCAGAACUGGAUUAAUAUAUACAUCCCAAUGGGGCUUAGGUGCAAAAAUAUUACGUGUAAAAACGAGUGGACGGAGGACUGGAGGUUUCCUAUUCGAAGUUAUACAAGAAGAAUGUCCUUACCGGUAUAUGAGAAAUGCAGUGGUUGAAAAACGUAUUGAUGGACCACCGAUUCAGAACACUUUAGUGGAGACGAAUUCGACAACAAGGACAUUGUAUACAUUUUACGGGAAAGAUAAUUCUUCUGUAAGAAAUCAACAAUUUAAGGACGAAAGCACGACAGAGGGUCCGAGUUCGCAAUUCUUGUUUGGUAUAGGCAGUGGAGAUAGUUGCAAUUUUGGACCGGCUGAUUGGUUUAGGCUUUUAGUUGAUCCGCUUUGGAUUGCUAGACCGAGAUGUGUGUGAAAAUCGGCUCCGAUGAAGAAUAGAAUAUAUACCACGAGUUUAUGUAAGUUUAACAAA